AUGAUGAAUCCGAAGAAUCUUUUCCCGGUGACUAUGGCACUGAUUGCCUUUGUCAUCACCAAUUGCUGCCUCUUUGCCGGGACAAAACCCAACGUCCUUGAUAGCGUGGAUCUCCUCAGGCUCUACACCCCUGACGGCAACUCCAUCUCCUCGCCGCACGACUUCUACUCCAUCCACGUCAUGUCCUACUGUCAGGGCACCAUUGGGCCCAUGCCACCAGGAACCACCGAUCCCUUCGGCUCCCGCAAUGUCACUGCAUGCUCCAACCGGACCAUUCUCUUCUCCUUUGAUCCCACUAUCGCCUGGCCUCGCGAUCUCACCCAUGGUCCAGAUUUGCAGUGGCCUCGAGUGAUCAGUGAUGAUUUUCGCGCUUUCCAGAUGACGAGCCGUGCGAUGGCGGUGAUGUACAGUAUCGGGGUGGGUGCUGUUGGAUCAGUGCUGUUGGUCAAGAUCUUUGCAAUGGCGAUGCCCAAGUUACAGCUUGGUGUGUUUGAAUUUGGGUUUAUGCUGCUGGGAACUCUGAGUGUCGGCAUCGCUUCCGUGAUCGCCAACGUCCUCGCGUACGAAUUGGUGCAGCUGAUCAACGCUCACGGCGACGGGUCCAACGUCUCCGCUCAGUAUGGGGGGAAAUUCCUUGGAAUGACAUGGGCAUCGGCGGCGCUGAUGAUGCUAGGAACGUGGAUCAGUUUCUCCAACGCUUUUUCUCCCGGUGGAAAUGCUGCAUCCUCGUCAUCGUCCAGUGAGCCAGCGCCGGCCAAGGACGAAGAGUGCCAGUAG